AUGCCCUCUUUUACCUCUCCACGCGUAUUGCGAAUUGCCAGGUCCGAUGAUCCUGAGGCCUUUGUGUUAGUCCACGUCUCUCACACUGGCCCAGAGACACUCGACCUCGCUCUAACUGCGACCGAGGGCGAAUCUCCCUACACCGGCCUGGUGAAGCAAUCGCAACUCAGAGAUUUCCGCGCAAAGAACUACCAGGGCACCGACGAUGAAUGGUCUCAAGUUGUUGCCUUCAUUCUUGGUCAAGGUCAACGUCCAAUUCCAGCCAAUGGGACAGACUGGCCUGCAGGUGUUGAAGCCUCGGCCAACAUCUCGGGCGCCGGUGACGAAGAAAAAGAAAUCGUAAUUACUGUCCGAAAGCGAGUGGAGACAAUUACUCAAAGACUUGGCACAUUCGUUCUCAAGCAGGACGACGAACAAGCAGUCGAGCUUUUUGAAUGGACAGGGAUCGCCGCCACUAGAUCUGAUGCAUUGGACCAGCAGGUCGCUAGCUUGACUUCUCGCUGUCAUAUCGCCGAAGACGCUAUCCGUCAUUUGAAUGAUCAGCUCGAAGAGCUCGUGCGCGCAAAGAGCCAGCACGAGAACCAACUAAUUGCCAAUUUCGUUCAUCUUCUGAACGAGAAAAAACUUAAGAUUCGCAACCAACAACGUCUUCUUGCAUCUGCAAAUGCGAAUCCUGUUCGAGUUUCCGAAAUACAAGCUGUUACAUUGGAGAAAUCUGACGCAGCUGCUGGGAAGAAUCGCCACGGGAAACGCGGUGCGCCCACUGCCAGUGAUACUAGUGGGGAUUCUGAUGAUGGGUUUGAGCGAAUGGACAUGGACCGAAAGGGAGUAGAGGAUAUCAUCAACGAUCAGGACACAGACAAUGGGCGCUCAACACCCCAACCAUUGGAGGAAGAAGAACAAAGUACAACAGACGACGAGUUCGAUCGACCACCCACCGGGAAAGGAUAUCCCCAAGCAGCCCCCGCCCUCAAACGUUCAUCGCCAAAGGAGGCGCCCCCUCGAAGAGAAUUACCCUUCACCAGGAGGACAAGGCCAACCAACGAUGCCGAAACCUCAGGAGAGACGGACGAUGACGAGCUUUAA